ACGGGACCUCGACAGCAGUGCCUCGCGUCUCCAGUAGCCAUUCACUGUGAUAUCAUGGUUUAGACCCGAGCACUGCAACGCUAUGCCCCACGGUGCAAAAGAGGUGCCGGCACUCUCUAAGGGAGUGGUGCCAAGCGAAUUAUCUAACACAUUCGGUUCGAACUAGUUUUGAAUGUUAAAUGGAGACCAUGCUUUGUUGCGAACAUGGUGUAAACCAGGUCAUUAUCGAACUCACAGCAAAUCAAUACCACAAAAAGCAAGCGUUCCAUUCUUACAAGACAGUGAUCGGCAAAUGGGGGAGUUUUACACAGCAUACAAAAGGGAAGUUAAAUGGCUGAUACUCUCACAUCCAUGAAUAACAAGGUUACAGCUAAUUAUUGUUUCGAUAAAAGCAACGUUAGUCUUACGACUCGUGAGAUCACGAUUAUCUCUCUUCCAUGUCCAUAACCCUCGACGACCGUGACUUCAGUUUCACUUACAGUGGUUCAUGGUUUCAUGGGGGCCAAGCGGGAUUCGAAUACGAUAACACUACCACAGGAACGAAUACGGCAGGUUCGAUGGCCUUGUUCAAUUUUUCUGGUGUCAGCGUUAGUGUAUUUGGUACCGUCGGCCCCAUUCAUUACGCGGGGCAAGAUGUGGGAGCCCCAAUCUCAUCAUACCAGGUUGAUGGUCAACCUGCGGUGACUUUUACAGCUCCUGCACAAGGAGGAACUCUGUUUCACCACAACUUUUUUACUUCUCCAACAUUGGGCAAUGGUCCACACCAAUUAAAAAUCACCAAUCUCAAUCAAAGCAGCUAUCUUUGGCUUGACUAUGUUCAGUAUACCCCGUUGUCAGCGACAUCAUCUAGCCCGUCAUCUCCUGCAACUACCAAUAGCCAACAAUCCAUUCCAAUAUCAUCUUCGACUGCUCCCGAGCCUCUAACUAACCCGUCGUCCUCGCCAGUCCCUCAAACUUCAGUACAAACUACCAAGAAAAACAAUGCACCAGUGAUUGGAGGUGUGGUCGGAGGGGUAUUACUGGUUGUGGCUGUACUGGCGCUGAUUUUUUACCUGCGGAGACAACUCAAUGCUCAAACGGUAGCUGGAAAAACAAAUGUGGAAAAUGCUCCUAACCCUUCCAUAUAUGAGGUUCGCAGCAACUACGACUUCUCGACCACGUCGAACGCACCUCUCCCUUCUGUUAUCCCACCAUCUACCGUAGGUAUUGGGAGCGUGAGUCGUGUUGAGGACUUGGAGGCCGAUACUUUCUUCCCUCGCCAGAUAGCCAACGAGGAACAAGUCUACCUACAUGAUGAUGGCGGUGUCCGUAUAGCUGGUGGUCCGCUCCGCGGACAGGUGGACAUUCCUCCCGAGUAUCGAGAGUACUUAUGAUUAAUUUGUAUAAUUUUCAUGAUGGUUUGUCCGGGAGAUGCAUUCACUGUUCUGCCAAAAUCUAGACUGCUUAAAGUGCUACCGUAUAUUUUAAUUCAGCACCAAGUACCUCUGAUCAUUUUGCUGAUGUGGCGGUCUGAGGAAUUAGCAAAGCAUUAAUAACAGAGCACAAUGUCCGUC